AUGGAAGUUGGUGAUACUGAAAUAGGUUUAUCCUCCCCAGCACAAGACAUCAAUAAUCUAGAAAAUUCAAUAAGAGAAUGGAAUCCUACGUGUGAUGAUGAGUUCAAGCCUGCAAUUGGAAAAGUAUUUGAUACAUUAGAAGAAGGAGGGAACUUUUAUAAAAGGUAUGCACAUUGUGUUGGUUUUAGUGUGCGUAAUUCAUCUGAAACAAAAGAUAAAGAUGGUGUUAAAUGGAAGUAUUUUCUUUGCUCAAAAGAGGGUUUCAAAGUAGAAAAAAUGGUUUUCUCGCCUGAAUUGAUUGUCAGUGAAAAUAGUUUGCCUAAAACUAGAAAAAGAAAAAUGACAAGGGAGGGGUGUAAUGCAAGGAUUGCUUUCAAGAGAACAAUAGAUGGUAGAUAUGAAGUUGCAAAAUUUUUCGAAGGUCAUACACAUGCUUUAGUCACACCUAGGAAGAAACAAUUUCUGAGAUCAACUAGGAGUGUAAGCAAUGUUCAUAAGAACUUAUUGUUUUCAUGUAAUAGAGCAAAUGUGGGGACUUCAAAAGUAUAUCAAUUACUAAAAGAACAAGUCGGGAGUUAUGACAAUAUAGGAUGCACUAAAAGAGAUAUCCAAAAUUAUUCUAGGAAUUUGAAAGAGUUGAUCAAAGACUCUGAUGCUCAUAUUUUUAUUGAUAAUUUUAGAAGAAAAAAAGAGACUAGCCAUUCAUUUUACUAUGAUUUUGAGGUUGAUAAAGAAGGAAGGUUGAAAUAUGUAUUUUGGGCUGAUGGUAUUUCUCGAAAAAAUUACUCUUUAUUUGGAGAUGUUAUUUCAUUUGACACGACUUACAAUACAAAUAAGUAUCAUAUGAUUUUUGCCCCAUUUACGGGUGUAAAUCAUCAUCGACAAAGUAUAACCUUUGGGGCUGCUCUUUUAGCUGAUGAAAAAGUUGAUUCAUUUGUUUGGUUGUUUGAAUCAUUUUUAAAAGCAAUGGGAGGUCACAAACCUAUAGUUGUUAUAACUGAUCAAGAUCCUGCUAUGAAGAUUGCUAUAGAAAAAGUUUUUACUGGUUCUUCACAUAGAUUUUGCAUGUGGCAUAUAUUGAAAAAACUUUCAGAAAAGGUGGGUGCUUCCUUAAAUGGUAAUGUUGAUUUUAAUAGUCGUUUCAUGUCGUGUGUUUGGAAUUCAGAUUCUUCAAAAGAAUUUGAAUCAAGAUGGAAGACUAUUAUUAAUGAAUUUGGAUUAGAGGAAAAUGGUUGGCUAUGUCAAAUGUACGAUAUUCGCAAUAUGUGGAUACCGGCCUAUUUUAAUGAUAUUUUUUUGGGUGGAAUUUUGAGAACGACGUCAAGAUCUGAAAGUGAAAAUUCUUUUUUUGGUAACUAUUUAAAUAAAAACCUUAGUUUGGUUGAAUUUUGGAUUCGUUAUGAUUCUGCAAUAGAUUCACAAAGAUAUAAAGAGCUUCUGGCGGAUAAUGAUACACUUCAUUCUAUUCCGGAGUUGAAGUUGCAUAUGGAUUUAGAAAAGCAUGGUAGAGAAAUUUAUACUCAUGAAAAUUUUUACAUAUUUCAAAAGGAACUGUGGAGUGCGUGUGUGGAUUGUGGGAUUGAAGGAACAAAAGAGAAAAGUGACAGAUUUGUAUUCUACAUACUUGACAAUAAUAUGGUCAAUAACAACAAAGUGAGUAAACAUAGAAAAGUGAUUUGUCAUUUUUCUGAUGACAUUGCACGUUGUUCAUGUAAAAUGUUUGAAUCUGAAGGUAUGCCAUGUCGACAUAUCCUUUUUGUAUUAAAGGGGAAAGGAUUAAAUGAGAUUCCUAGUGGUUACAUUGUUAAUAGAUGGACGAAAUUGGCAACUAGUAAACCAAUCUUCGAUUGUGAUGGAAAUGUAUUAGAGGGAUGUUCUAGAACUGGAAGUGAGAGUAAGUUGGUUUCAGAUGCAUGGGCACAGUUAUUUAAAUGUAUGCAUGUUGCUGGCAGAUGUAAAGACAAGCUAAAUUUCAUAAUAAAUGAAGGUUCUAUGAUGGAAUUGAAAUUGGCUAAUAUGAACAAUGAGCUUAUUUCAACAACUAUAGAUGAAGUAGAGGCUUUUAUUGGUUCCAAUGUCCCUAAGGAAAUUCAAGUUCUUCCCCCUGAACCUUCAAAUACUAAAGGGUGUGGAAAACGAAUUAAAGGCGGAAAAGAGAUGGCAAUGGAACAACAACAAAAGAAAACAAGACUUUGUAGAGUUUGUAAGCAAUAUGCAUACCAUGACAGUAGAAAUUGUCCCACAAAAAUCUCUUCCUAA